CAAGGAUAAUUUAUCAGAGCUCACUAGCACUGCUCGGUAGAUUUCAUCAUCUUUUGCUCUCUGCAGACACCCCUUUCAUUCGUCGCCUGACGCGCCUUCUUCGAAUUAUUCGUUUCAUUUUCAUAUUAGGAACGCUCCAGCGUGAAAUCUCUUAGGGCUUCUCCAACAUGGAGAGCUUUGACAACAUUUACUUGGACCUCUCAAAGCAGCCUGGAAAGUGCAAGCUUGCAGAGAGUGGGUUGGGAUGGCGACCUGCUGGUGGCGGUGAUACUUUUACUCUGGACAGCAGUAACAUCGGCGCAGCCCAAUGGAGCCGAGCUGCAAAAGGGUAUGAAUUGAAAAUCCUGUCGCGCUCUUCUGGUGUCAUCCAGCUGGACGGAUUUGACCAAGAGGACUUUGAGCGAUUGAGCAAGGCGUUCAAGAUCUGGUACGGUAUAAACGUGGAAAGCAGGGAACACGCCCUUCGAGGAUGGAACUGGGGCAAAGCAGAGUUCGCCAAGGCAGAGCUGGCCUUCAACGUCCAAAACCGACCCGCAUUCGAAAUUCCCUACUCCGAGAUUUCAAACACAAACCUUGCUGGUAGAAAUGAAGUCGCUGUCGAGCUUGCCCUCUCUGCCGAUGCUAAUGAUGCCAAUUCCAAGCCGGCUGGUAGCACCAAGAACCGCGGGAGGAAAGCCGCAGCGGGGCCCGACGAACUGGUUGAGAUGCGAUUCUACAUUCCGGGAACCGCGGUUAAGACAGAAAAGGGCCUGAAGGAUGAUAAUACGGACGAAGAAAAUGGCGAGGAAGGCGAGGAACAAAAUGCUGCCAACUUGUUCUACGAGAUCCUUAUGGAAAAGGCCGAGAUUGGAGAUGUGGCGGGCGAUACUUUCGCUACGUUCUUGGAUGUUCUUCAUCUUACACCAAGAGGUCGCUUCGACAUUGAUAUGUACGAAUCCUCCUUCCGAUUGCGCGGAAAGACGUACGAUUACAAGAUUCAAUACUCUUCGAUCAAGAAGUUCUUCCUGCUUCCCAAGAAUGACGACACACAUACUCUCAUCGUGCUAGGCCUCGAACCCCCCCUUCGCCAGGGCCAGACUCGGUAUCCUUUCCUGGUUAUGCAAUUAAAAUUAGACGAGGAGAUUAGCCUGGAGCUGAACAUGACAGAUGAGUUAUUGGAGACCCGGUACAAGGACAAGUUGGAGCCUCGCUACGAGGAGCCCAUCCACCAGGUGGUUACAAAGAUCUUCCGUGGCCUGUCAGGCAAGAAGGUCAUCAUGCCAUCGAAAGAUUUCGUCAGUCACCACGGCCACAGCGGUGUCAAAUGCUCCAUCAAAGCCAACGAAGGUCUCCUAUACUUUUUGGAUAAGAGCUUGAUCUUCGUUCCUAAACCCGCUACCUACAUUCAGCUGGAAAAUGUCGCUGUCGUCACCAUGUCCCGCGUUGGCGGUGCUGUUUCAGCUAGCAGGACAUUUGACAUUACUGUCAGCCUCAAAGCUGGCAUGGGAGAACACCAGUUCAGCAACAUCAAUCGUGAGGAGCAACAACCCCUGGAAGAAUUCUUCAAGGUCAAGAACAUCCGAAUCAAGAACGAGAUGUCAGAUGAUACCUCCGCUCUCAUUGUCGCAGCCCUUGACAAUGACGACAUGGUGUCAUCUGAAGACGACGGCGGACGUGCUGAUCGUGGCUCAGCCGACGAAGACGAGGAAUCGGUCGACGAAGACUUCCAAGCCGAAUCCGACUCGGAAGUUGCCGAAGAGUUCGACUCCGAACACGAGAGCAGCGGCAGCGACACUGAAAUGGGAGAAGGCUCCGAUGCUGGCGACGACGACGACGAGGAUGAAGCGAUGUCCGAGGACGAGGACGAGAACUCACGGCCAAAGAAGAAAAACAAAGCGUGAAAACCAGCCGCGCCGCCAAUGCUGCUGGUUUUGUAAUCUAUACAAGUUGUUGAAAAUUCCAUGGACGCGGUUGCAUUUACUUAAUGAAUAGGACAAUAUGAUAUCAAUAUUUUUCCGGUUAG